UACUCUUUUGCCCCGUUUCACCAGCAACCACCUCUUCCUUAUUAAGACCUCUGAGUGUGCGUUUCCUCUAUAGAGUUACAAGCAUCCACCAGCCCUCUCCAACCCGGCAAGGAUUUAAUCCUCGAAGUGAUCCACCAACUAACCCCCCAACUGAAGAUAAGAGGGUGGGGGCUGCACAAAAAAAAAAGGACAUCAUCACCACCACCACCACCCACCCCUCCUUAGCCCCCUUUUCCAUCGGGGGGACGGCGCCAGCUGGGACCAAAACACGAGCCUGCCUGCCUGCCCUUAAGAUGCUAAUCCCGCUGAUGAAAGCGCCCGAGAGAUGAUCAAACGCUGAAAAGGACGGAAGAUUGCACUAUUUUGACCCCCUUCGACUUCCAUAAAUAUAUAUUUUUGGAGAGAGAAAAAAAACUUGGUGGGACCUUAAAAAAAAAAGCGCCCACUCUUCCUUGCCCCCAGCUUCGCUUCCGUUGGCAUCCAUCCGCUCCUCCGCCCUGCCCAAUUUCGUCUGGGUGAUGGAUGAAUUCCAUCCUUUCAUUGAGGCCCUCCUCCCUCAUGUCCGGGCUUUCGCCUACACCUGGUUCAACCUCCAGGCCCGGAAGCGCAAGUACUUCAAGAAACACGAGAAACGGAUGACGAAAGAUGAGGAGCGGGCUGUGAAAGACGAGCUGCUCAACGAGAAACCGGAAGUGAAACAGAAGUGGGCUUCGCGCUUGCUGGCCAAGCUGCGCAAGGACAUCCGUCCCGAGUACCGGGAGGACUUUGUGCUCUCCAUCACGGGGAAGAAGCCCUCGUGCUGCGUCCUCUCCAACCCCGAUCAGAAGGGCAAAAUGCGCCGAAUCGACUGUCUCCGCCAGGCUGACAAAGUCUGGCGCCUCGACCUCGUCAUGGUGAUCCUCUUCAAAGGAAUCCCCCUGGAGAGCACCGAUGGGGAACGCCUUGUCAAGGCCACACAGUGCACCAACCCUGUCCUCUGUGUCCAGCCACACCACAUCAGUGUCUCGGUCAAGGAGCUUGACCUCUACCUGGCAUAUUUUGUCCGCGAGAGAGAUUCAGAUCAAAGCAGCAGUCCCAGGACGGGAAUCGGUUCUGACCAGGAGGAUAGUAAACCCAUAAUCAUGCUGGAUGCAGCAGAUUUUCAAGAGAAUUUUGUUACGUCAGGUGUGUUCAGUGUCACAGAACUUAUCCAAGUUUCCCGGA